AUGAAGCUGCAUGUCGACAUGUUCGCCGGACUUGUUGACAAUACUAGCGUGUUAGGAAUCCUCCUGGCGACUCUCGCUCUAUAUCUUGGCUACUUUACCCUUCGGCCAGUUCCCAUUCCCGGCAUUCCCUACAAUGAGGAUGCUGUGAUGCGAGCGUUUGGAGACUUGAAAGCAAUGAAAUCGGCCAAAUAUCGCCGUCGAUGGAUAUGGAGUCAGCCUAGAGAACACGGCACAGCCAUAUAUCAGCUCUUUUUGUUUCCGUUCCGGCGGCCUACAGUCAUUGUGUCAGAUUACCGGGAGGCGGUAGACAUUUGCUCUCGUCGGGUCAAGGAAUUCGACCGAGGCACUCGCAACAGAGAAUGCGUCGGCAUAACUGCACCCAACUUUCACUUCACCAUGGAAUCCAGAGACCCUAGGUUUAGACACCACAAGGAGCUAUUGAGAGACUUGAUGACCCCCUGGUUUCUGGAAACGGUUGCGACGCCCCGAGUAUACGAGAAUGCGGUUGCCCUUGUUGACCUUUGGGGUAUCAAGGAGCUCAAGGCACUGGAAAGACCAUUCUCUGCCAACCAUGAUUUGUAUCUGUCGACGCUGGACACAAUAUGUGCCGUGGCUUUUGGCAUGGACCGGGAAAUGUCUGCCGUUGGACACCAAACCCGCCACAUCGAGGGAUUCAAACCUGUUGAGCAUUGGGGAUUGGGUGUUGUCGCACGAUUUCCAACCGCUCCUACAGAUGCCUACUUGGAAUCGAUACUCGAUAUUCCCGAAAUGGUAGCAAUUGCACAAAAGAGCUUCUUCCCUACACUAUCCCAGCGACUUGCACUGCUGAGCCCGAAACACGCCCGGGCUCACUGGAAUAGACGGAGGCUGAUUCGGAAACAAACUGAGCAAGCCCUGAGGAGGAUAUCCUCUCUUGGUGACCAAUACACGCCCAAAAGUGCUUUGGAUCACCUUCUCCACCGAGAAAUGAUGGCAUCUUCCAGGGCCGGCAGAGCACCAGACUUCUUUUCCCCAGCCAUCCGAGACGAGUCACGGCUGAGACAAGCCCUGCGCCAGGCCUUCCCCGGAGCAGUCGAAGAGGGCCGUUGGCCAACGGCUGAAGAAAUAUCAUCCACGUCAGUGCCGUACUUUGAUGCUGUCGUGGAGGAGUCGCUUCGAAUAGCCUCCGUUGCUACCCUCAUCUCUCGAACGGCGACGUGCGAUACUCAAAUACUUGGGUAUAGCAUCCCCAAGGGAACGGAUAUCCUGUUGUCAUUAACCGGGCCUUCUCUGACAGAGCCUGCGGUUCCCGUUUCAGAGCCAAGUCGAACGGCUGCUUGUAGGCAAGCCAAAGACCGCAUCCCUGCUUGGGGAGAUGACAUUGGAGAGUAUAAGCCGGAGAGGUGGCUCAAGGUCGAAAGUAGAGAUGGCAGCGAUGGCGUCCAAGUGUUUAACCCUUAUGCUGGGCCAAAUCUUGCCUUUUCGGCGGGACCUCGCCAGUGUUUCGGCAAAAAGCUGGCACUUCUUCAACUAAAGACCACCAUGGCGCUACUGCUUUGGAACUUUGAGCUUCAGGAGGUAGAAGCCUCCCUGAGCGGGUGGGAUAUUACGGAGAGGCUCUUCAAUCUGCCGACGAAUUGUUAUGUGAAAUUGCGGAGAACAGGACAUGACAAGGUGGCCGAUUUACCGUGA